UACCGAUGUUGCCGGUACGACAGCUUUCUUUGGCGGACUGUAUACAAUUCAACGUGUGGAUGAUGACACUUGCUAUCAUGAAUCGAUAUGGCUACAGUAUUCACCGAAACAUUGUCAGCGUUUCAUUCUAUUUUUAACCUAAAUAUGCACUGUUAAUCCAACUUGGAAUGUUAUCGUUCUUCUGAACGAGUAUCCGGAAUGACAUUCAAGUAAGGAUUCUCAUGGUCGUCGCUCAAGUCUGCAAAUUCCGUCUAAGCACCGGGUCUUGUUUGAUCAAGCCGUUGGCUCAGUUGUUCACCUCCUCCGAAAACAUGGCCAAAAGCAAGUUUGAGUACGUCCGAAACUUCGAAACAGACGACACGUGUUUAAAGAACUGCUACAUUGUUGUCAGGCUGGAUGGCCGGAACUUCCACAAGUUUGCGGAGCAGCACAGAUUUGCCAAGCCCAACGAUGAGCGGGCUUUGGGUCUGAUGACUCGAAGUGCACGGUCCGUCAUGGAUGAACUGGAAGAUAUUGCCAUCGCGUACGGUCAAAGCGACGAGUUCAGCUUUGUUUUCAAGAGGACCACCAACUUGUUUAAGAGGCGAGCCAGUAAACUGAUGACCCACGUGACCUCGCAGUUCUCGUCCUCCUAUGUCUUUUACUGGAAGGAGUAUUUUGGAGAUCAGCCUCUGCUAUACCCGCCAGGGUUUGACGGCCGGGUGGUGUUGUAUCCUAGCAACCGCAACAUCAAAGACUACCUGAGCUGGAGGCAAGCAGACUGUCACAUAAACAACCUGUACAACACAGUGUUCUGGACUUUAGUUCAAAAGGGAGGUUUGACCACAACACAGGCAGAGGAUCGUUUGAAGGGAACUUUAGCAGCUGACAAAAACGAGAUCUUGUUCUCUGAGUUUGACCUCAACUACAACAACGAACCUGCACUCUACAAGAAAGGCACCGCACUCAUCUGGGAGAAGCGAGAGGAAACUGUAACCAAACGGACAAAAAUGCCGGAUGAGUCUGAGAAGGAGGUGACUGUCACUCGGUGCAGGAGGAGGGUGCAGGCCCAUCACUGUGACAUCAUAGGGGAACAGUUUUGGGAGGAGAAUGCCAAUAUUUUGGAGAAAGAUGACUGCUGACUCAGCUGCCCUUUUCUGUACAUAGCUAGUUAUCGCCCAGUGGAUUCGCUGUCAUGACUUUCUUCUCCUGACUGUGACAAUAUGGAUUUUUCUUUUCACCACUUCAUUUUCUAGAAUGAACAGAGAAGACCUCAGUCAAGUCAGUUCACAUGUUUCUGCUUAAGAAAACAGACCUUUUACUUCUCAGAUUCAACUUUCUACACCAGUGGAAAAGUGGUUACUGAACCAUGCAUCAAAGCCACUGCUUGAUUUGCAUCCGGUGAAAAUAUCCAUUACCAAAACGAAUGUCCCAAAAUCAAACUCCUUGUA